AUGGCCGACUCGUCAAGCUCCGGUGGAGCUCCCCCGGGCUCAGUCAAUCUGGCCACGCUCUCCGUCCCUCAGCUCCGCGCUCUCCAAACCCGCCUCACCACAGAGCUGGAGCACCUCACCACCUCACACGCCAAACUGCGCGCGGCGCAGUCCAAGUUCCGCGACUGUGUGCGCUCGAUCAACGACGGCGUGACUGGAUCCAAGGAGAAGGGUACCGAGGGCCGUGAUGAGAUCCUGGUUCCCUUGACCAGCUCGCUGUAUGUGAAGGGUCGGUUGACGGAUCGGGAGAAGGUGCUUGUCGAUGUGGGGACGGGAUUUUAUGUUGAGAAGACACACGACAAGGCUGUUGCUUUCUAUGACGAUAAGGUCAAGGGCUUGGAUUCCAACUUGCAGGAGCUGGAGAAGGUUGUUUCGAAUAAGAGCUCGCAGUUGCGGGUUGUGGAGGAGGUCCUUAGACAGAAGAUGCUUGCCGGCGAAGGUGCGCCGACUCAGGCUGCUGCGGCAGGUUAG